AUGGACCAAUUCGCCUUUGCUCGUCAAUACUGGAGAGAACAUCCUGAAGCUGAUGACGACGAGGUUAGAAUAGAAUAUCAAAAAUACCUCAAAGAACAACAAGUCGACAGAGUAAGUGAAGAGAUAAUACCUGAAGAAGCAGAAGAUGGCCCUGACAGUUUGAUGGUGAUAACACCCGAGCGUCUCAAGAUAUUCACUGACUAUAUGGAGAGUCACCGCGUUGGCCUUGUACGCAGUCCGCCAUAUUCGGGCAAGACCACGCUCGGCAGACGGCUGCAAGAACAUUUCCGCACUCAGGGUACUAAUGCUGUGUAUAUUAACCUAGCAGCAUUUGCGAAGGAGUUGGAAGAAGAAGAAUACACCUACGCCCGUUUUAAUGCAUACUGGGAGUCGAAAACCAAUAAUUCUUGGGAGAGUCUUACGCAGUAUACAAUGCCAAUUAAGAUUAUUGUCGAUGAGGCACAGGUUAUUUAUAAUACUGCCGCGUCCUUUUGGGGGUCUUUGAAAUUUAUUUUAUCGGAUCUACGCAGCCAUAACUUCCGGAUACUCCUCUUGAGCACAUAUCACCCGACUUACAAUAUUGUGACACCGAUGACGUUCCCAGAUGCCCUUCUAUUAUCCUCCCUUCGCUUGACUCAGAAUGAAUUUGCACAGCUCGUGAGAAAUUAUGUCCACAAGCGACAGAGUGGUACUGUUGGCCGGCCCUUCAGCAUCCCGAAACUCGUAGAGAACACAAUAUUCAACUUUACUCGUGGAUAUGCUGGCUUGUGCCGGACAGCUUUGUCAGAUUUGCGCCAGAAAUUCCCAGAUGGUGGGUCACCAAAUGACAUGCUUAAGCACCUUGCUUCAAAGGAUUUUCUGGAUCGUUUAACAGCAUCGCGUGCUUUUUACUGGGUACGUGACUGGCAACCGCAAGAUCAGGAAGCCAACUUUCUACGUAGAUUAUUACUCAAGUGUGAUCCUGACUCGACUUUUGAUUCUAUCGACCGUAUUGGACACCCAACUGUUGAAAUAUUUGUCAAGAUUGGCAUUAUUAUUGAUGACCAUGACAUGAGAAAGAUGUAUUUUGCUGCUCCCAUUUUUCGGAUUGUCCUGAGCAACCGGCUGUUUACUGCACCUGUCAAGAUGCCAAGUUUUCCUACAGACAUAUUUGAUGAAUUUUUGUUACGGACCAUUGAGCGAAUGUCUCCAACUGUCUUGAACGACUCUUUUGGACGAGGGUAUGAUAACUACUUGCUCGAAAGAAGUUGGCAGAUGGAAUGGUACCGUACUGCAAAGACUGCAAUACCAGAAGAUGCGACAAUUAGUGCUGACGUCGGGCAUAUCUUUGGUUCAGAUGGGUUCCUUGACUUUUACGUCGAUGGUAAAUACGGCUGGGGGGUUGAACUGAUGCGCGAGGGUAAAAAGUUGGGGGAUCAUGCAAAGCGAUUUGAACAAGGUGGUACAUAUGGAGUAAUUCCAAUGAAUGAAUGGGUUGUUAUUGACUUUCGUCAUCACUCCAAACGUGUUCGAAGUGUAAAUCCUAAGUUCUGGCAUGUACUCUACUCGGAUGAUUACAAGCAAGUUACGAUCUUGCGUCAUGACAAGGAAGACCGUGUUCUUCGCCUAAUAGGGGAUGAUUUUAAGUGA